AUCCACUCACAGGAGAAAGAAAACUCCCGCCCUGAUUACAUUCCCAUCAACAGCCGCUUUAAAUGUGUGCAAGAGGCAGAAGAGACUCUGCUGAUCGAUAUAGCUACAAACACAGGAUGUAAAGUCCGGAUACAAGGUGACGAGACAGCAGAGAGGCUCUUUGAAAUCCCCGAUGAGGACCGGUGCUUGGGGUUCCUUUCAGAGGUGCAGAGCAUCCAGGAAGCUCACCUGAAAGCUUCACCUCCUGAACUUAAGGAGUCAACCAGCUGGCAUCAAGUGGAGAAGAACCUCCCAGGUCUUUCACAAGCCUCUUUGGGAGCUCUGGGGUUUGAAGAUGACUUCAAUGCUCUAAACCUAGAAGAGAAAAGAAACAAGCAAAACCACCAAGUGGCAUCUCGCCGGGAACCCCCACCUCCUCCCCUGCCUCAAAAUAGGCAAUUUCACAGAGAGAGAGAAGGGACAUCAAGAGACCAACCAAAAGUAACCAACACGAUGAGGAAAAUGUUUUUGCCCAGCACCCAGUCGGGACAGAGAGAAGGGCUGAUCAAACACGUCCUUGCCAAGAGAGAGAAGGCUUAUGUCAACCUGCACAACUUCAGAUUUUUUGUGGGAACGUGGAAUGUGAACGGACAAUCUCCAGACAGCAGCUUGGAACCCUGGUUGGUGUGUGACACAGAGCCUCCAGAUUUCUAUUGCAUCGGGUUCCAGGAGCUGGACCUCAGCACAGAGGCUUUCUUCUACUUUGAUUCUGCAAAGGAGCAGGAAUUGCUGGCUGCUGUUGAGAAAUCACUGCACCCUCAGGCCAAGUAUAAAAAAGUGCAAAUGGUCCGUCUGGUUGGGAUGAUGUUGCUCAUAUUUGCUAGGAAGGAUCAUCUGAGCAAUAUCAGAGAGAUCAUGACGGAGUCUGUGGGCACAGGAAUCAUGGGAAAGAUGGGCAACAAGGGCGGCGUGGCAGUGAGGUUUGUGUUCCACAACACCACCUUCUGCGUUGUCAAUUCCCACCUGGCUGCUCACGUGGAGGAUUUUGAGCGAAGGAAUCAGGACUAUAAGGAUAUCUGUGCUCGGAUGAGUUUUGUAACCCCUGAUGACAGCCUACCUCAGCUCAACAUCAUGAAACACGAUGUUGUCAUCUGGCUGGGAGACUUGAACUACAGGCUUUGUCUUCCUGAUGCCAGUGAGGUGAAAAGUCUUAUCAGUAAGAAUGAGCUUCAGAAAUUGCUGACAUACGACCAGCUGAAUAUUCAGCGCACUCAGAAGAAAGCAUUUGCAGAUUUCAUUGAGGGAGAGGUUAAAUUCAUCCCCACCUAUAAAUACGACUCGAAAACAGAUCGCUGGGACUCCAGUGGAAAGUGUCGUGUGCCAGCGUGGUGUGAUCGAAUCCUUUGGAGAGGAGGGAACAUAAAUCAGCUCCGGUAUUGCAGUCACAUGGACUUGAAAACCAGUGACCACAAACCAGUCAGCGCCCUGUUCCGCAUCGGGGUAAAGGUGGUGGAUGAGCAGAAGUAUCGGAAGUUGUUUGAAGACAUCGUUCGUAUAAUGGACAGAAUGGAGAAUGAUUUUCUCCCUUCGCUGGAGCUGAGCAGGAGAGAAUUUGAGUUUGAGAACGUGAAGUUCCGUCAGCUGCAGAAGCAGAAGUUCCAGAUCACCAAUAACGGGCAGGUCACUUGUCACUUCUCCUUCAUCCCAAAGCUCAACGACAGCCACUACUGCAAGCCAUGGCUUCGGGCCGAGCCUUGUGAAGGUUACUUGGAGCCUGAUGAGAGCACAGACAUCUCCCUGGAUGUGUACGUCAGUAAGGACUCGGUAACCCUUCUGAAUUCUGGGGAGGAUAAAAUUGAGGAUAUUCUUGUCCUUCAUUUGGAUCGAGGGAAGGAUUAUUUCCUUACCAUCAGUGGAACCUACCUGCCCAGCUGCUUUGGCACUUCCCUGGAGGCCUUAUGUCGAAUGAGACGACCAAUCCGAGAAGUUCCAGUCACCAAACUCAUUGACCUGGGAGAAGACAGCUUCUUAGAAAAGGAGAAAUCCGUUCUGCAGAUGGGCUGCCUGGACAGUGAGGACCCAAGUGAGAUGCCACUGCAGGUGCCAAAGGAGAUCUGGCUCUUGGUAGACCACUUGUUCAAGCAUGCCUGUCACCAGGAGGACCUGUUCCAGUCUCCAGGCAUGCAAGAAGAGUUGGAGCAGAUCAUUGACUGCCUGGACACCAGUAUCCCUGAGACAAUCCCUGGCAGCAACCACUCGGUGGCUGAAGCUCUCCUCAUCUUCCUGGAGGCUCUGCCAGAGCCGGUGAUCUGCUACGAGCUGUAUCAGCGGUGCCUCGACUGGUCACACAGCAGCCGGCUGUGCCGACAGGUGAUUUUCCAGCUGCCCCGUUGCCACCGCAGCGUGUUUCGCUACCUGAUGUCCUUCCUCCGAGAGUUGGUCAGAUACUCCGAUGACAACAACGUCAGCGUGGCCAUGAUCGCUGCCUUGUUCUCCAGCCUCCUCCUGCGCCCCCCACCCAACCUGCUGGCAAAGCAGACUCAGCAGGACCGUCAACGUGCCAUCAACUUCCUCUACAGCUUCCUGCUCGCUGGGGACGAGGAGUGA